AGAGAGAGAGAGAGAGGGCGAGAGAGAGAGAGAUAAGUUUCCUCUGCGCUCGACGCGCACAUCGGCCCGCUUCACACGAUGGCACGUCCGCGUCCGUGUGCAACCCCGCCGCCUCGGGAGCUCCGCUGCCUUGCGUGAGAGCAGCAGAAAAAAAAAUCUCCCCCCCCAAAAAUAAAAGUGUCUCCGAUGGCUGAAUUCAGAGCUAAGAAGAGCGACUUCGGCCCACCGGUUGCUGGCUGGAGGGACGCAGCGGGCGCGGAGGCGCACCGCGGAGAGCCCGUGUCCAACGGGAACUGCGGCGUGCCGGGCGCCGUGAAAAGACCCCCCCAGGAGCCCCGCUGCGAGUCCCCGACGUGGGAAAACGCGGGGUCAGACUCGGCUCCCAAACCCAUCCCUCGACGCAGCAGUCUGAUCAAGGACGGCUCUCGAGCCGGUCGGGAGAGGAAGAAGACGGUGUCCUUCAGCUGCAGUCUGUCAGAGAGGAAGAUCAGCAGCGCCGCCGACUGCAUCCACGCCAUGGUGGAAGGCAGCGAGCUGAAAAAAAUCCGGCCCAACUCGCGCGUUUACCAGCGCUACUACCUGCUGGACGCGGGGCUCCAGGCUCUGUGCUGGGAGCCGUCAAAGAAAGAGUCAGACAAGGCUCGGAUCGCACUCGCAUCUAUACGUGAGGUACGGACGGGCCGCAACACGGAAACCUUCCGCACCAGCGGAGUUUAUGAGCAGAUUUCGGAGGACUGUGCUUUCUCCAUCAUCUAUGGUGAGAUUUAUGAAAGCUUGGACCUGGUGGCCAGCUCUGCAGAAAUAGCUAACAUCUGGGUUACUGGACUGAGAUAUCUCCUGCAGUAUGGAAAACAUGCCCUGGACAUGCUUGCCAGCAGUCAGGACAGUCUUCGUCUGCGCUGGCUGGAGCAGCUGUUCUCCUCGGUCUCGGACCUGGACCGUCAGGGGGACGGCGAGGAGGCCAUUGCCCUGCAGACAGCCGUUAAACUCAUACAAAGUGUGAAUUCUGGGGUGAACGGUGUAAAGGUGGAGCUCCGGUUUAAAGAGCUUCAGCGGGUCCGUGAGAAGACAGGUCUUACAAUUGAUAACGGAUCGGAUUUUAAGGACCACAGCAAAAAGUCAACCGACUGGAAUGACAGGGUCACCAAGCAGGAGUUCGUUGAGGUGUUCCAUGACUUUUGCACGCGGCCAGAGAUCUACUUUCUGUUGGUGCAGUUCUCGAGCAACAAGGAGUUCCUGGACACCAAAGACCUGAUGAAGUUCAUCGAGGCUGAGCAGGGAAUGACUCAAGUGAGCGAAGAAACCAGCCUAAGACUCAUCCAGUGCCACGAGCCGUCGGAGGAGGGACGACAGCAGGGAUACUUGUCACUGGACGGCUUCACCAGCUACCUCACCUCGGCGGAUUGCCACCUCUUCGAUCGGGAGCACGACGCCGUUUGCCAGGACAUGUCCCAGCCUUUGUCCCACUACUACAUCAACUCCUCCCACAACACCUACCUCAUCGAGGACCAGUUCCGGGGGCCGUCCGAUAUCUCCGGCUACAUCCGGGCCCUGAAGAUGGGCUGCAGAUGUGUGGAGCUGGACGUCUGGGACGGGCCCGACGGGGAACCGGUGGUGUGUACCGGUCACACCCUCUCCCCACCGCUGGCCUUGCGGUGUGUUCUGGAAGCAAUAGGACGGUUUGCAUUCGUGGCCUCCGAGUAUCCGUUGAUUCUGUGUGUGGAGAACCACUGCUCGCUUCAACAGCAGAAAGCGCUGUUGCGACAUCUCACCAGGAUUUUAGGGGAGAAGCUUUGCACAGACUCGCCAGAAGAAGGAGCCUCCUAUCUACCGUCGCCAAACGAUCUGAGGCAUCGGAUCCUCCUCAAAGGGAAAAAGCUGGGAUCGGGCUCCGAUGGGGAAAAUGGAGAGGUAAGCGAAGAGGACGAAGGAGCAGAGGUGUUACAGAGGAUAAAACCAGCCAACAGCGGCAUGGCGGCGCCCGGGGCUGCUGAAAAGGACGCGGCGCAGAAGAUGGUGCCCGUCCCACCUGCUCCCCAGUCCAACUCCCCCAAUCCUCCCCCCAGACGUUUCCAGCUGUUGAGGGAACUCUCCGACCUGAUAACGUUAUGCCAUUCGGUCCGCUUCACGGACUUCGCAACAUCGUCCAAAAGCCAGAAACCGUGGGAACUGUGUUCCUUCCACGAGACUUUGGCGGUGCACCUCGCCGGGAACAGUCCCGGGGACUUCGUCAACCACAACAAGCGUUUCCUGUCCCGCGUCUACCCCAACCCCAUGCGCAUUGACUCGAGCAACAUGAACCCCCAGGACCUGUGGAAGUGCGGCUGCCAGAUUGUGUCCAUGAACUUCCAAACGGCGGGGCUGAUGAUGGACCUGAACACGGCGUGGUUUCGGCAAAACGGGAGCUGUGGUUACGUGCUGCGCCCAGCCAUCAUGCGGGAGGAGGUGUCCUAUUUCAGUGCCGACACCAUGGACACGGUGCCCGGGGUCUCUCCACAGCUUCUGCACGUGAAGGUGAUCAGCGGUCAGAAUUUGCCCAAGCCCAGAGGCUCGGGGGCCAAAGGGGACGUGGUGGACCCUUACGUGUACGUGGAGAUUCACGGGAUUCCGGCUGACUGCACCGAGCGCCGCACCAGGACCGUGACUCAGAACGGGGACAACCCCAUCUUUGACGAGAGCUUUGAGUUCCAGAUUAACCUGCCUGAGCUUGCCAUGGUGCGCUUCGUGGUACUGGACGAUGACUUCAUUGGGGAUGAAUUCAUAGGUCAGUACACCAUACCACUGGAGUGCCUCCAGCCUGGCUACAGACACGUACCCCUGCAGUCCCUCACCGGGGAGGAGCUUCCUCACGCCAAGCUGUUUGUCCACGUUGCCCUCACGAAUCGCAGAGGCGGGGGAAAGCCUCACAAACGAGGUCUCUCAGUGCGGAAGGCGCGGAAAGGGAGGGACUACACAGCUCUGAGGGACCUAGGAGUCCGAGCAGUGGAUGAGGUUUUCAAAAUGGCUGCUCCUUUGCUGAGGGAAGCCACUGACUUGAGGGGCAACAUGCAGAACUCGGUAGCCAUGUUCAGGGAGCUGUGUGGGGUUUCGGCCGUGGCUAACCUGAUGCAGUGCGUGUUGGCUCUGAGCUCCAGAGUGUCCGGCCCAGAGGGAACACCUUUACUGCUUUUCGACCUGCGAGACCACUACCCCAGUCUGGAGCCCCAGGGGCCUUUGCCAGACGUCCUACGCCGAGUCGUCUCUACUUAUGAAAUGAUGGUCAGCACAAGCCGAGCUGUGAUUGAGCUCUCUGAGGGAAUCUACGAGAGGAUCCUGAAUAUACAGACGACAGCCAUGGAGUUUCACGAAAAGCUGCAAAGCCUCGCGACAAAGGAGGGCCUGAAAGGGUCCAAGGUUAGCCGAGCCCUGGAGAGCUUCAGCUGGAACAUCACCAUCCUGAAGGGCCAGGCUGACCUGCUCAAGCACGCCAAGGCCGAGGUCCAGGAGAACAUGAAGCAGGUGCACGACGCCGCUCUGACCGGGAACCUGACCAAAGAGGGGGCGGGGCUAAGCAGGGUCCGCUCCCAAACGCGACGAGGUCCAGAGGACCACCCCAGUGCUCGAGGGGGCUCGGCAUAGCUACGUGGUAACUACUCUAGCAGACUGUAAGGCCAUCAAAGCUGCUACGAUAAGCUCUUAUGUUCUCAGAAAAGGCAGAAGGGAAUGCGAAUGUUAAAAAGUUUGCCGCCACUGAACAAACUGUAAUGCACUGUUGAUAGGAGAUGCAAGAAAACGAGAAGUCGGAAAGAUGAAUGUAGUAAGGUUUGGCGCCAAGUUACUGUAGUUUCGACUGUUUUAAACUGUAAAUACACCAAAUCUUUGUCCUUUACUGUCGAUGUGCAAUUUCGAAGGCUUGAAAUGUCACGACCAGGGAGAAGAAGUUGGAUUUUUUGCAAGCUUACGGUCUGAUUUGCCGAAAGCUUUGCCAAAAUCCCUCUGACAACCUAGAAACUUCCCCACAUUGCUCUUUAUCUUACGAUAUCAAGGAUUAGAAUCAGAUCAGGAUGCUGAACAUUAACGUAGAAGAAACCCUCUCAGUGUCCAUGUGAAUGUUUGAAGUCUCCUACCGGUAAUUUGUGGACCAGUGCAGCCUCUAUGUGUCUUUUUAUCAUCUUUUGUUCCCGGUUUGCUGCUCUUCAUCCAGUUGCCACAAGUGUGUCUGUCUUGCAACAAAAUUGCCGUCUUUACAUGAUUAAUAUAGUCUCCCGAACAGCAGCGUGUAUUUUAUUAUUUCUGAUAAACCCCCGUUCAGAUUAAACCUCGUUUAACCGCCAUAUUGCUCAACUGGGGUUGUUGUCUGUCCCUCCAGAACUAAAACUGUUACUGCUGAAAGUGCUUACUUUGUGUGCAAAACACUGUACAGUAUUUUAAUAUGUAAUUCUAUCCUUUUUCUGUAAAGAAUAUUUUGCAUAAGUUAUUGUAAUAAUGAAAAAAUUCCAGAUGUAUGUGGUUGUAGUAGGUGGGACACGACCUGGAACA